GUCUUUUAAAAACAAGCACGUGUUGAAAAGGACGGUGUAAACACUGACAUUAACCAGUUAUUUCUUAAAAUCAGCCUUUGUUCAGAGGUGUCACAAUGGCUGAAUAUGUCCAACAGAGUAUUGAGGAAAUGCUCCCUGAGUUGGAGCAGAUGGAAAGAGUAGGAAUUUGUACUGGAAUCGAAACUAGAAAAAUUCUAAAGAAGAGAACAAAUUAUGAGUAUAAGCUGAGACGAAGAACAAAAUGUAAGGAAGACUUUAUGCAGUACAUUAAGUAUGAAGUUGAUGUUCUAAAGCUGAUACAUACAAGGAGACAGAAAGUGAGAUACCAUCACAAAAGGACAGAAAUUGAGUAUGCCAUUACGUGUAGAAUACACAACUUAUUCAGAUUGGUAACCAAUAGAUUUCCUGAUGAUGUCAAACUAUGGCUGUCACACAUAGAAUUCUCACAAUCAAGGAAAGAGAAAGCAAAUGUUAGUAAAUUUUUCACCAAGAUGUUACAAGUUCAUAACAAGAAAUCAGAUCUGUGGAUUCUAGCUGCUAAAUGGGAAUGGGAGAACAACAACAGUCACAAUAAUGCACGACAUCUGUUACAACAGGGAAUCAGAUAUCUUAGUAACAGUCAACAGUUAUGGCUGGAGUAUUUUAGAAUGGAAUUACUUUAUGCUGAAAAGUUAAGACAGAGAAGAUCUGUAUUAGGGAUUGACGAGGAAGAGGCAGACAAAGUAUCUGAUUCUGUGUUGGAAGGAUUUGUUGCUGAAGUGGUUUACAAAAAGGCUAUAGAAGCUAUACCAGAAAAUGUAGAUUUUGUUUUGUCAUUUUUACCAAUCUGUCAACUGUUUGAUUUUACAACAAAACUACAGGAAGAUAUAUUUACAAGUCUGAGGAGGGAGUAUUCAGACAAACCACAGACCUGGGAUGCCAUAGCUAAGCAAUGUUUGUAUACUACACCAAACACAGAUGAAAAUGAAGUAAAGUUUCAUGAAGUCUAUGAAGAGGCCCUAAAAGAAAAAGUGAUCCCUAAAGAUGUGACCUGGAAGUUCUAUAUUACUGCCUGUUUGGAGUCGAUUGAAGAUGAAUCUCAAACAUUGACCGUGAAGGAAAAGAGAAUCCACAAAGUAUUGAGUCUGUUUGAAUCAGCUGCCAAGGGAGACUUCUUAUCAGACGAUCUGUAUUUAAAAUGGAUCCAAGUUUUAGUGAAUGUUGGUUUGGUGGAGACAGCACUACAGACUGUACAAAGGGCAGUUUCCCAGCAUGCAUUGAGUAUGUUACUAUGGAGACAAUAUUUACUGUUGAGCAUGAGAACACAGUGUGAUGUCACUGAAGCAAUUCUUAUAUUUAAAGAGUCACAGAAACAUGUACCUGAAAAGGAAAGUUUGGAGAUAUGGAGACUGUUAUUGGAUUUCUGUGUUACAUGUCAGUCAGAAAAAACAGAGGAAUUAUUUGAGAAAGGUAUAUGCAGCCAUAGACAGGUGGCUUUACCACUCAAAGAAUAUUACCUGCAGUGGAUGUACCUGACCAAAGGUGUACAGAAAGCCAGGACUUUAUUCCAAAGAUUGAUUCAAACGAAACCUGUUUCCUUACAGCUGUUUUAUGAAUAUAUCAAGAUAGAAAAUUCACAGGCAACUUCAAAGAUUAAGCUACUAAGAAGAGCAUAUGAAGAUGCUACAAUGGAGUUUGGAAACAGUAAUGCAGAUCUUUGGCUUGACUUCAUUAGAAUGGAGAUGACCCAUCCAAAAGGUCAACCUGAGAAUGUAGGUACUUUACACUACAGAGCUAUCCACCAGUUAGAUGGAGAAUUAAACCAGCAGUUUGUUACAGAGUUCACCUUACUGCAGACAGGUCAUGAUAUGGACACAUUGGAAAGAUAACUGUCAACAUUGAUUUUGAAAAAUAAAAGAUUUUUUUAUUA